AUGGCCGAGCGGCGCGGGCCGGCGGUGAGCGGCGGCGGGGAAGUUGGCAGCGGCCGGUGCCCGCGGCUGCCGCUGCUGCUGGUGCUGCUGUGGGCGGCGGCGCUCCCGGCCGGGGGGCAGCUGCCGGCGUCGCAGUACAACGGCGAGCGGGGCAUCUCCAUCCCUGACCACGGCUACUGCCAGCCCAUCUCCAUCCCUCUCUGCACUGACAUCGCCUACAACCAGACCAUCAUGCCCAACCUGCUGGGCCACACCAACCAGGAGGACGCGGGGCUGGAGGUGCACCAGUUCUACCCGCUGGUGAAGGUGCAGUGCUCGGCCGAGCUCAAGUUCUUCCUGUGCUCCAUGUACGCGCCGGUGUGCACCGUGCUGGAGCAGGCCCUGCCGCCCUGCCGCUCCCUCUGCGAGCGGGCCCGCCAGGGCUGCGAGGCCCUCAUGAACAAGUUCGGCUUCCAGUGGCCCGACACGCUGCGCUGCGAAAAGUUCCCGGUGCACGGGGCUGGCGAGCUCUGCGUGGGGCAGAACGCCUCCGAGCGCGGCACCCCCACGCCCGCCCUGCGCCCCGAGAGCUGGACCAGCAACCCGCACCGCGGGGGCGGCGGCGCCGGGGGCCCGGGGCCCGGCGAGCCCCGCGGGCGCUUCACCUGCCCGCGGGCGCUGAAGGUGCCCUCGUACCUCAACUACCGCUUCCUGGGAGAGAAGGACUGCGGGGCGCCCUGCGAGCCCGGCCGCCUCUACGGGCUCAUGUACUUCGGGCCCGAGGAGCUGCGCUUCUCCCGCACCUGGAUCGGCAUCUGGUCCGUGCUCUGCUGUGCCUCUACCCUCUUCACCGUCCUCACCUACUUGGUGGACAUGAAGCGAUUCAGCUACCCCGAGCGGCCCAUCAUCUUCCUCUCGGGCUGCUACACGGCGGUGGCCGUGGCCUACAUCGCCGGCUUCCUCCUGGAGGAGAGGGUGGUCUGCAACGAGCGCUUUGCCGAGGACGGCUCCCGCACCGUGGCGCAGGGCACGAAGCGGGAGGGCUGCACCAUCCUCUUCAUGAUGCUCUACUUCUUUGGCAUGGCCAGCUCCAUCUGGUGGGUCAUCCUCUCCCUUACCUGGUUCCUUGCUGCUGGCAUGAAGUGGGGCCAUGAGGCCAUUGAGGCCAACUCCCAGUACUUUCAUCUGGCCGCCUGGGCCGUGCCGGCCAUCAAGACCAUUACCAUCCUUGCCCUGGGACAAGUGGAUGGCGACGUCCUCAGCGGCGUCUGCUUUGUGGGCAUCAACAACGUGGAUGCCCUGAGGGGCUUCGUGCUGGCCCCCUUGUUCGUCUACCUGUUCAUCGGUACCUCUUUCCUGCUGGCUGGCUUUGUGUCCCUCUUCAGGAUCCGGACCAUAAUGAAGCACGACGGCACCAAGACAGAAAAGCUGGAGAAGCUCAUGGUGAGGAUAGGCAUCUUCAGCGUCCUCUACACGGUGCCGGCCACCAUCGUCAUUGCCUGCUAUUUUUACGAGCAAGCUUUUAGGGAACAGUGGGAGAGGAGCUGGGUCACGCAGAGCUGUAAGAGUUAUGCCAUUCCCUGCCCCAACAACCACAGCGGCCACCACCCGCCCAUGAGCCCCGACUUCACUGUCUUCAUGAUCAAGUAUCUCAUGACCUUAAUCGUGGGCAUCACCUCGGGCUUCUGGAUCUGGUCUGGGAAAACCCUGAACUCCUGGAGGAAGUUUUACACCAGGCUCACCAACAGCAAGCAGGGCGAGACCACGGUCUGAGACCCCUGCUUGCCAGGCUAGGGAGAUGCGGGCCGGCGGAGGACUGAGGCUCUGCCUCGGGAAGCAGCUCCUUAUCCAGCCUGGGCAAACUUUUGGGACUGCGAGUGGCUUCCGCAGGCGGCGGGGAGCGGAGGACGAGCUAGGGGGACCCCAGUGCUGGGAUCUCCGGGCUCUGCCCGCCCCGUGCUGCUCGGGCUGUCUCCUGUAGGAGCUGAACGCACUGUCAGGUUGGGGGAGAGGGAUGUAAAUAGCCUCUGUAAGAUUUUGUAAGUAUAUUUGUAUUUAAAUUACAAAAAAACUCACUUUUUUUUUUUUUUAAUUAUUUAGGACACUUCUAACCCGUUUGCGGAUUUUACUUCCUCGCUUAUCACCUCCCCCACUCCCCCCGCCCCACUUUUUUUUUUUUUUUUUUUUUUUUAAUUUAAAGGAAAAAAAGGCUUUGGAUUUUUAUUUCGUAGGGAAGGAUGGCUAAAGCUGCCGGUAAAAGAAUCGAAAACAAAUCCCCUUUUUGUCCGCCCCACAGGUUUUGUAAUGGCUUUGCUUGGAAUUUCAGCUGCAUGAGCAGGAGGGCCCGAGCGGGGCUGCGGCCGGGGGCGCCUCCUGACCCGUGCUGGGUCCCGGUCCCGGUCCCGGUCC